GGCGACCGUGCGCGUUGCCUCUAGCCCCGCCCCUGUCCCUGAAGGGUUGGGUUUCUGACCAGUCAGUAGGCGCGGCGCGGACUUCGGUUUACCGAGCUUGUGUUUGCCGCCUUGGUUCCCGCGACCCCAACGUCCUAGAGGCGGGGCGGAGGCGGCAGCGGCGCUCCUUGGAGCCGACCUCUGUUCCGGCCCAACAAACAGACCCCGCUGGGCGGCGGUGGCGGUGAGUAGGGCGUUGUGUCGCGGAUUCUCCCGAAGGGCGGCAGCGGAGCACGGAGAAGGACGGUGGGCUACAUUCAGGGCCUUGUGGUGGCUUCUCAGUGCUCCUGGAGCCUGGGGCUGAUGACGUGAAGGGGAACUAGUGGAAGAAAUAAACUAAGCGGACCGUGAAUUUCCUAUGAAUCGUUUGUCCUUAGGUAUGUGAAAGAGGUUUGCGGUCGAUAACGUGCCAUUUAAAGGUGUUUUUACUAUGAAAAUUUGUGGACUGAAGCCCUGCAUGUUCGCUCCUGUGUUUCUCACAUCUAAUUCAGAUGGCUUCUUGGUAAGGGAUCAGUUAGUGUUUGCAGUUCGCGGUCUACUGGGAGUAAUGUGUGAACAAUAAAGUGUGAAAAUGUUAUGUGUGUGAACACAGGCGGUGUUUAGGAGAUGGUUUUCCAGAGGAAGUGACAUUCGAUUUGGAUUGUGAAGGGUGAGGGGGAUUUACCAAGACGUUUCAAGUUAAAGGGACAGCCUGUGCAAAAGACACCCAAACUCGGGGGAUUACGAUUCCUUCUUGCUAAAAUUGAAGUGAAAUGUACAGAGCCUAAAGAACUCUAAGACCUAAUAAAAGAGUAUAGGAAAUACUGAACUGUAAAGAAAGGACUAGCCCUGUAUUUUGCUUUGAUAAUAUUUAAAUGAAGAUACCCAGCGGGCAAUUAGAAAUACAGUUUUGAAACUUAGAAGAGAGAUGGAAGCUGAAAGUUUGCUAUGUACAGGAUACUGAGCAUUUGAUAUUGAAUACAUCAUUCACCAACUAUCAUGGAGCCUAGAUAUCCUCUUACAGGGCCCCAGAUGAAUACCAGGUUUCCUACAAGCAGAAUGGUACCUUUCCACUUUCCUCCAUCAAAAUGUGCACUUUGGAACCCAGUGCCAAUAGGAGAUUUCAUCUGUUUACACCUCAAUUACUACAGAAAUCCAAAGCUUGUGGUAACUGAAAAGACCAUCCGACUUGCUUAUCGUCAUGCUAAGCAGAAUAAAAAAAACCUGCCAUGCUUUUUACUUGGUUCUCUCAUAGUAGAUGAAGAUGAAGAAAGUGUGACAUUGACAGUAGAUCGUUUUGAUCCUGGUCGAGAAGUACCUGAAUGCUUAGAAAGAACCCCUACUGCUGCUCUUCCUGGGGACUUUGUGAUUCCUUGCAAAAUUUAUACCCAUGGACUUUGUUCAAAAGAAGUAAUAGUUCAUGAUGCAGAUGACUUCAGUUCAGCUUUUAAGGCUCUGCAGCACCAUGUAUGUAGCAAAGAUUCCUUGGAUUGUGGUAAACUGCUUUCCCUAAGAGCUCAUAUCAGUUCCAGGGAAAGUUUGGACAAUGUGGAUUUGGACUUGCAUUGGGCAGCAGUAACUCUAGCGCAUACUUUUAAAUGCACACCUGUGAAGCCCAUCCCCAUUAUUCCAACAGCCCUGGCAAGAAACUUGAGCAGUAAUCUGAAUAUUUCUCAAGUUCAAGGUACCUAUAAAUAUGGAUAUCUUACCAUGGAUGAAACACGCAAAUUAUUACUUUUGCUGGAAUCAGAUCCCAAGAUUUGUUCUCUACCAUUAGUGGGAAUUUGGCUGUCUGGAAUUAUACAUAUUUAUAGUCCUCAGGUGUGGGCUUGCUGCUUACGAUACAUGUUCAGUUCUUCUAUUCAAGAAAGGGUUUUUUCAGAAUCUGGAAAUUUCAUUAUAGUUCUCUAUUCUGUGACACAUAAGGAUCCUGAGUUUUAUGAAUGCCUCCCCUGUGAUGGCAGGUCAUCUGACCUUCAGUUCCAGCUACUAACCAGCAAGGAAACAUUACAUCUUUUCAAAAAUGUUGAACCUUCUGAUAAAAAGUCAAUCCAUUUUGAACUGACUGCUGAAAGCCAAAAUGCAGAAACAGAGUUUUUCAACAAAGUUUCCAAGAAUCUUUCAAUUAAAAGGUCUUCCCAAAAGUUAUCUCCAGGGAAGAUGCCAAUAAAUGAUCAUGACUCUGGUGUUGAAGAUGAAGAUUUUUCUCCAAGACCAAUUCCUAGUCCUCAUCCUGUGAGUCAGAAGAUUUCUAAGAUCCAACCAUCAGUUCCUGAACUUUCGCUUGUGUUGGAUGGCAAUUUCUUAGAAUCAAAUCCUCUUCCUAAGCCAUUGGAAAUGGUGAAUAAUGAAAACCCUUCUUUGUUGAUUAACCACUCUGAACACUUGGAUCCAUUGCAACCCCAGCUUUACGAUGACGAACACAACCUAGAAGCUAAAGCUGGAGAGCCUUCCUUGAGAGGGUUACCAAAUCAGUUAACCCAGAGCACUGUUCCUUUAAGACAUGGCGAAGUAAGACAAUCAUCUACCUGUAAAAAAGGGAACCCCCAUAACAGGAACAGUGGUAAACCAUCUUCUCUUAAUGGGCCAUCUCCUGAUACAAAUUUACACAAAGAAGAAUAUCUUAUAGGAUCCUCCACAUUUAAUUCCAAGCAGUCUUCUCUUGCCUCACAGACCCACCCACACAAUUUUGUUUUUUCAUCCUGUAAUUCAGGAAGACCAAUGGAACUUCAGAUACCUACUCCACCACCACCAUCUUACUAUUCUACAAAUGUCUGCAGUUGUUGUCAGCAUCAUGGCCAUAUUCAGUAUAGUCCAGUAAAUUCUUGGCAAGGAAUGAAUACAGUGGGGUCCAUUCAAGACCUCCAGUCUGAAGCCCUUCACAAACAUUCGUUAUUUCACCCAGGUGGAUGUCCAGCUCUGUACUCUAAUGCAUUCUGUGCUUCAAGUAGUCCUAUAGCCUUGAGACCCCAGGGAAGCACGGGUGGUUGCCCUCCCCACAGCACUGUGGAACCAUCGCCUGUGGCAAGACUGCCUUCACACGUGGACGCAUGUAACCCACGGCCCUGUGCAGUGUGCACACACACACCCAAGACCGGGCCAGAUAAUGGAAUGAUGGGACUGUCUCCGGAUGCAUAUAGGUUCCUCACAGAACAGGACAGACAGCUGAGACUGCUUCAGGCACAGAUUCAGCGUUUAUUGGAGGCACAGUCUCUGCAGCCCUGUUCCCCUAAGACAACCUCUGUUGAAAACACAGCACAAGCAGCAAGACAGAUGGAGCUGGUUUCCAUGGAAGCACAGUCUUCUCCUGGCUUGCACAUGAGAAAAAGUGUGAGCAUUGCUGUGAGCACAGGUGCCAGCUUGUUUUGGAAUGCAGCAGGCGAUGGUCAAGAGCCUGAAUCUCAGCUGAGGCAAGAUGAUACAAAGAUUUCCAGUGAGGACAUGAAUUUUUCUGUUGAUAUUAAUAAUGGAGUCACAAGUCCUCCAGGUAGUGCAUCUUCAUUAAAAGCAGUUGAUAUUCCCAGCUUUGAAGAGAGCAACAUUGCUGCGGAAGAAGAAUUUAAUCAGCCACUUUCUGUAUCCAACAGCUCUUCUCCAGGUGUGAGAAAAGAACCUGAUGUGCCCGUGUUCCUUGCAAAUUCUGUGCCAGCAGAGAGUAUAAGCAUGUGCUUACAGAGUGGACCAACAGAGGGUGCUAGUAACAACCCUGUAACAUCAGGCGAACCCAAAACUGAGCAAGCGAUACAACCCUUGCCUCCUCAACCAUCAGAUAGGCAGAAAAUAUACCAGGAUUUAUUGAGUCAAGUGAACCACCUACUGAAUAGCUCCUCCAAAGAAGCUGAGCAGCCGUCCACCAAAGCAGUAAUUAUCAGCCAUGAAUGUACCAGAACACAAAAUGUUUACCAUACAAAGAAAAAAAAACGUGAUUCAGGGCCAGCAGACAAAGAUUGUGUUCUUAAUGCAACCCUUAAACAACUAAGAAACCUUGGAGUAAAAAUUGAUUCUCCCACUAAAGUGAAUAAAAAUGCACAUAAAGUGGAUCAUGCCAGUGUGUUGGCAUGCAUCAGCCCCGAAGCAGUGAUUUCUGGAUUAAACUACAUGUCAUUUGCUAAUGUUGGUAUGAGUGGCUUAAGCCCCAACGGCGUGGAUUUGAGCAUGGAGGCGAAUGCUAUAGCUCUGAAAUAUUUAAAUGAAAAUCAGCUGUCACAACUAUCCCUCAGUCGAUCAAACCAAAAUAACUGUGACUCAUCUUUUAGUCUUCUACAUAUUAAUACAGACAGAAGCACAGUGGGGCUUAGUUUAAUUUCACCAAACAACAUGUCAUUUGCAACCAAAAAAUAUAUGAAGAGAUAUGGACUCAUUCAAAGCAGUGACAACAGUGAAGAUGAAGAGGAGCCUCCAAACAAUACAGAGGGCAAGAGUGAACAUUUACUGAAUCAAAACCUUACAUCCACACCUGAGCAACUAGACUGUCAGAAAGAGCCCUCUAGGAACACCUGUGAAAUAAUUAAUUGUCACAACUGUGAACCCGUGAGCACCCACACAGAUAUGCCAGUACUGAGAAAUAUUACAAAUGAAGUUGUGCGGCCAAAAGCAAUGCAGCAAUUGAAUGAAAACCCAGCUUUCUUAUUAAAAAACUUUAAACCAACUCCUGCAGUGAACCUCCGAACUGGAAAAGCAGAGUUUACCCAACAUCCUGAGAAAGAAAAUGAAAGGGACUCUCCAAUUCUUCCCGAAAGUUUAAAACCUGAAACUUUAAAGCAGAUGAACAGUAUGAAUUCAGUAGGCACCUUCUUAGAUGUAAAGCGGCUCAGACAGUUGCCAAAACUAUUUUGAACCUUAAACUCACCACCCUCCUGAUGUGAGGAUGGGGUGUCUCCCAAAGAGACUUAGGGAAGCCAGAGCCACUUGGUGGUUUGGGGAUCCCUAAGCAUUCUCAGGGCCGCUCUGUUUCUUGGCAGCAGCUGAUGGCCAAAAGCCAAACAAGCAACCUGAUGGUCUGGGAGAUGGCUGACUGGUGGGAGGUGAGGUUCUCUGUUCAAAUAGAGCCGUUCAGCAUCACUGCGACUUUUUAAAAAAAAUCCCGAGACCAGUCAUUUAAACAAAUUUACGUACACAGUAUCCAGCUCUAGAUCUGAACUGUUCUUUGUGAAAAGUAAGUCUAUUUUCCUAGCAUGUUGCAUCUCUGCAUCUACCCACUAUCACCUAAAAGAACAUGAGAUAGACUUAUCAUGACCCUCACUAAAUUAACUAAACCCACCCUUAUUGAAUUUAAGGGGAAAGUUUUAUUUUUAAAAAUAACCUGAAGAUCUUUUACACAACAAGUAUAUAUGUUCUCUUAAUUAGGAUGCAUAUUUGUCGAAUUCUGUGGAAGUAAAACUCUUGCAGUCUGGUAGGUUGAUGUUAUGUAACAUUUUCAACAUUAUAGCACUAGCUAUCACAAAAUAAGAAAAUUACUGAGUAUGAGUGUGUUUUACAGACUUUGAGUAUUUCACGUGUUUUAAUAUUUUUUAGUAGAACUUAAUAAAAAUGUUCAGAUUUACUGUU